AUGAACCAAUGGUCCCGUUACCUGUUGGGAUGGAUGACCUUCCUCCUCUACUCCUAUGAGACCAGUGGAAAUAAUAAAGAUGCUUGUGUCUUUCCCUUCGUCUACAAGGGGUCUACUUACUUCUCUUGCACCAAAACCAAUAGCUUCUUCCCUUGGUGUGCGACCCGAGCCAUUUAUGACGGGCAGUGGAAGAACUGCAUGACGGAAGAUUACCCACGCUGCAUCUUCCCUUUCAUCUAUCGAGGAAAGUCCCAUGACAACUGCAUCGCGGAAGGCAGCUUCUUCGGAAAGCUGUGGUGCUCAGUAACCUCCAGCUUUGACGAGAAGCAGCAGUGGAAAUACUGUGAAAUAAAUGAGUACGGGGGAAAUUCUUUCAGCCAACCCUGCAUCUUCCCCUCCACCUACAGAAAUCAUGUGAUCUCUGAAUGCAUUGAGAAUGAAAGCAACAAGCUCUGGUGCCCAACCACAGAGAACAUGGAUAAGGACGGAAAGUGGAGUCUCUGCGCCGACACCAGAAUUUCCUCAUUGGUUCCCGGCUUUCCUUGCCACUUCCCGUUCAACUAUAAAAACAAGAAUUAUUUUAACUGCACUAACAAAGGAUCAAAGGAGGACCUCCUAUGGUGCGCUACCUCUUACAACUAUGACAAGGACCACACCUGGGUGUACUGCUAA